UUGGCUGAGAGCCGACCAAUAGAAAGCUGACAAGAGUUUGCCCUGUGUUCUGUGGUAGUGUGAGGAGUGUUGGCAGAAUGUUUGUCAAACUUUUAUUUUCAUUAGUUCUUAUACUUGUUUUCUAUGGCGACCCUUUGGCUGCACAGAAGAAGAAAGAGACUCUGUUGUCAGAGAAGGUGACCCAGAUGAUGGAGUGGGCGUCCAAGCGUUCAGUCAUCAGGAUGAAUGGAGAGAAGUUUCGUCGGUUUGUCAAGGCUCCUCCAAGAAACUACUCAGUGGUAAUCAUGUUCACAGCACUGCAGCCACAAAGACAGUGUGGAGUCUGCAGACAAGCUGAUGAAGAGUUCCAGGUGUUGGCAAAUUCUUGGCGUUACUCUUCUGCCUUCACCAAUAAAGUCUUCUUUGCAUCUGUCGACUUUGAUGAAGGAUCGGAUGUCUUUCAAAUGCUAAAUAUGAAUUCUGCUCCAACAUUCCUACAUUUUCCAUCUAAAGGGAAACCUCGGCGGUCUGAUUCCUAUGAACUACAGGUCAGAGGCUUUGCAGCUGAGCAGCUAGCCAGAUGGGUGGCAGAUAGGACCGAUUUACAUAUCCGCGUCAUUCGUCCUCCAAACUAUGUGGGGCCUCUCCUUCUGGGGUUCCUCUUGGCUGUGAUCGGUGGACUGGCAUAUCUAAGAAGACACAACUUGGAGUUUCUCUUUAACAAGAAUGUCUGGGCCUUCUCUGCACUGAGCUUUGUCCUGAUAAUGACUUCAGGCCAGAUGUGGAACCAUAUCAGAGGACCACCCUAUGCUCACAAGAACCCCAACACUGGACAAGUGAGUUACAUCCAUGGCAGCAGUCAGGCCCAGUUUGUGGCUGAGACCCACAUCGUUCUGCUCUUCAAUGCUGCUGUAACUAUGGGAAUGGUGCUGCUGUGUGAGGCUGCAACUUCUGACAUGGACAUUGGAAAAAGGAAGAUCAUGUGUGUAGCAGGUAUUGGUCUGGUGAUGCUAUUCUUCAGUUGGCUGCUGUCCAUUUUCAGAGCCAAGUAUCAUGGAUACCCCUACAGCUUCCUCAUGAGUUAGAACUGACAGCAUCAUCCGCUGUUACAAGAAGUAUGAAUCUCUCUACAAGAAGUUUCACAAAGUGCCUUAAAAAUGUAUCAAGCUCCUCUCUAGCUAGGGAGCAAGUGUCAGCAUGCCACCUCCUUGUUUGCUAGGCCAAGAAUUGUCUUGAAAAAAACAAAAACAGUGUCUAUAUAAGACAAAACCUCAACUUGGGGUAAAUCAUGUAAAGUUCAUACAUGAACAAACACAGCAGUUUAUGUGUUUAAUAUACAGCAUUUGUUAUGUAUCAUUAAAAACCAUGUUGUGCCACAA